UGGGCUAUAAUACCUAGGCUGACAGAACCCUGCAAAUGGAGAACAAACAUUAUAUAGCAGUAGAGCAUUGUACACUCUCUUUCCCUUUGCUCAAAAUUCAGGUCAAACAAUAAUGUCUCAACAAGAGGUAGUUUGCUCUGUGUGCAAUAACAGGAGACCAAAACUAGAAUGGAAGAGAGACUUCACAUAUGCUGAGCUGCAUGCAGCCACACAAGGUUUUUCCCUGAAGAACUUUCUGUCAGAAGGUGGGUAUGGUUCUGUCUACAAAGGGGUGCUGCAUGGACAUAAGAUUGCUGUUAAGAAACAUGUCCAUGCAAGCUACAAAGCAGAGAGGGAAUUCAAGUCUGAAGUUGAUGCACUCAGCAAAGCAAGACAUGAGAAUGUGGUCAUGCUGCUGGGAUCAUGCUCAGAAGGAAGCCACAGGCUUCUUGUUUAUGAAUAUGUCUGCAAUGGUUCACUGGACCCACAUUUAUCUCAACAUUCUCGUAAACCUCUUUGCUGGCAAGACAGGAUGAAGAUAGCUAAUGGAGCUGCCAAAGGAUUGCUAUACCUGCACGAGAACAACAUCAUACACAGGGAUAUUACAACAAACAACAUUCUUCUCACACAUGAUUAUGAAGUAUUGCUGGGUGAUUUUGGUUUGGCUAAAAUUGUAACUGAAGAUCACUCAAGCUCCAUAGACUGUGUUGGGAAUCAGGCAUAUUGGGCACCAGAAUAUGCAGAAUUUGGUAAAGUUUCAAUUAAGACAGAUGUGUAUUCUUUUGGGAUGGUUCUACUACAGCUGAUAACUGGGAUGAGGACCACAGACAGACGGCUUGGAGAAAAAGGUCUAGUGGGAUGGGCCAGAUCACAACUAAGAGAUGGGGAAUGUCAAAGAUUUAUAGAUAGAAGGAUGAUGAACUCACAUGAUUGCCAUCAAGUCUUUUGGAUGUGUCGUCUAGCUGGAAAUUGUCUCAAGAAAGAUCCUAAUAAGCGAUUGGAUAUGACAAAAGUGGUCAAAGCCUUAAGUCAUAUAGUCGAAGGUUGCAGUUGCUGCAUCAUGGGGAAAGAGCAUACCGUUGCCAUGUUAGGCUAUUCUAAGUUGAAAGAUGAUUUACAGGACUAUUCAGAAUCAGAAACUGAAAGUCAGAUUAUUGUUAGAUCCAACAGUGUAAAAUAGAAAGAGAAAGCAAUACAAAAUGGACUGUGGCUUGCAAAAGCAAUAGCUUGACUUGGCUAUCAAUUGUAAAUUCCAUACA